AUGUAUGACAAAAACGGAAGAAGGAUAAAGGAUAUCAACAAAGAGAGAAAGUCUGUUAAAAAAAAAAAGUUGUUUGACUACGAAGGCUUUAAGGUGGAUAAAAUAUUUGCGUGCCUCAGUGAGGAGGACAUGCAGGAGUUGCGCGAGGAGGAGCUGAAACGCAAGUCCGGGGAAAUUCUUCACAACAAUAAAUAUAUUGAUACGUACGGCGUGGAGUCGGAGACGGACCUGGACGAGAUGUACCUCCCAACCAGAGGGACGACCCUCUCCUUUGUCCUGACAACACUUUUGUUCAUCCUGUAUAGUGUGAAGAUAUUCAUCUUAUCGGAAGGGAGAAGCUUGAAGGGAUAUCAUCAGUCCUCGAUCGGUUCGUCUCUUCUGAACCCGCUGCGGCAUCCUUCCGAAAGUGGCUUUGAAGUUGGACGUAGAAGUGCGGGGUGGAGAGGGGAACGUACCCCUCUGUUAAAAAUCCCCGAGCUUUACCCACCCAGGGGGAAACAAAACAGAGUCGACCUUGUCACCUCGAAACGGUCAGUGUUGCCGCAUGGAUCAAUUCUGACGAACUGGAAGGAAGGCGCCAAAAAAUUAGUGAACAGGUGGGGUCUAGUUAAAACAAACAAAGAGGAGAACACAGAAGUGCACCCCCUAAAGAAUUGCCGGUGGGAGAUUACAACCUUCAAUUUUCUCCUACAAAAGAAGACUUCCUUUUUCAUCCACAUAAACGAGAAUGGGACAGUGAAGAUGCCUAACGAUGUGCAAGGCACGUGGUCCUACAGUAACUAUUACUUAACGUGGACAGUGGAACAUCCUGAUCGGCGUGUCUACUACACGGCAGAGCUCCUCUGGAACGGCGACAAAAGCAAACUGGUCAAGGGCAUCAUCUACGAGGAGAAGAAACGGCGGCGCUUUUUCCUACCUGCGUACUUUUUCAGAAAAAUUCUCGGAUCCUUCGAAGGACGCGUCGCCUCAAAGUAG